UUGUGCCGGGCAGGAUUUUAGUGCGUCGCCAGAAAAAGUCGCCUCGAUGGAAUCCUACCUAACAAACCAUUCUGCCAUUCCAUCCUUCAAACACCUUCCAUUAACUUAAUUCACCCUUUCUUCAUCCACUUACAUUUCCACAUUUCCUCGCAGCGCGCGAUCUCGUCGAAAUGUCGUGGAGAAAUCAAGGAAUCACCGGAUCCAACAAUAUCCCUCUCGGCAAAAGUCGACGGUUUGGAGGAGAACCGGAAGAUGCGCCCUUAGAGCGCGGAAAUGGUUAUGGAGAUUUCAGCGUAUCUAAUGGUGAUCGCGAUUUGAAGCGUGGUCGCAGUCCCGAGCCCAGAACCGAUGCCGACGGAGUGCGACGUCGUAAGAAGCGAAACCGAUGGGGCGAUGCAUCCGAAAACAAAGCAGCUGGCCUUAUGGGCCUUCCUACCGCCAUCGUAGCCAACAUGACCAGCGAACAACUCGAGGCAUAUACACUACACCUGAGAAUUGAGGAGAUUAGCCAGAAGCUACGCAUCAAUGAUGUUGUGCCAGCUGAUGGUGACAGGUACGUAUAGCGGUUCUGUUGAUAUAAUUUAGCCACCUAUUCUUUGCGCCAAUCCGACUAAUCCAUUUCGUUCCACACAGAUCCCCUUCUCCUCCCCCGCA